AUGUCUGCGCCUUCACGCCAAAUCAAAUGUGUUGUGGUUGGUGAUGGUACCGUUGGUAAAACAUGCAUGUUGAUAUCGUAUACAACCGAUUCGUUUCCAGUCGAAUAUGUUCCUACUGUGUUUGAUAAUUUUUCGGCACAGAUGAUAGUCGAUGGACAUCCUGUUAAUUUAGGUUUAUGGGAUACCGCUGGACAAGAAGAUUACGACCGUCUCCGACCAUUGAGCUACCCACAAACUGAUGUGUUUGUGUUAUGUUUUAGCAUAGUUGCUCCGGUUUCUUUCGAUAAUGUGUUGACUAAGUGGAUACCGGAAAUACGACAUAACUGUCCGGAUGCACCUAUUUUGUUGAUAGGAACAAAGUUGGAUUUACGGGACGAUCCGGAAACUCUAAGGCAGCUGAAUGCUGAUGGAAAACAGCCAGUUACUAAAAACCAGGGACAGAAAGUUGCAAAGCGAAUUAGAGCUGUCAAAUAUCUCGAAUGUAGUGCCUUGACACAGCAAGGUCUGAAAGCUGUAUUUGAAGAAGCAGUUCGAGCAGUUAUAGCACCCAAACCAUCUGGUAAAAACAAGAAUUGUACUAUUCUGUAG